UCUCGGAUCGUCAUUAUUUGUAACCAUAGAGCAUGAAUUACCUCUUGAGGUCAUCAGCGAGAAUUUACGACUGGUCAACAAAAGCACGUGAUUCCCUAACGCCCCCCCAUCCCCCUUCCAACCCCCCCCAUAUUUGGCCGCAUACAUAGCAAAACGAAGUACAGUGCAUCGCUAUAAUUCAUUAAUACAUCAUAAAUCGUGAAGCACAGGGUUAUAACGACCACGAUCCACAAAUCAAGCCCUCCAAAAUCACCCAAAUGAGCUCGUACUUUGUAAACUCCUUCUCGGGGCGUUAUCCAAAUGGCCCGGACUAUCAGUUGCUAAAUUAUGGCAGUGGCAGCUCUCUGAGCGGCUCUUACAGGGAUCCCGCUGCCAUGCACACCGGCUCUUACGGCUACAAUUACAAUGGGAUGGACCUCAGCGUCAACCGCUCCUCGGCCUCCUCCAGCCACUUUGGGGCGGUGGGCGAGAGCUCGCGCGCCUUCCCCGCGCCCGCCCAGGAGCCCCGCUUCAGGCAAGCGGCGUCGAGCUGCUCCCUGUCCUCGCCCGAGUCCCUGCCCUGCACCAACGGCGACAGCCACGGCGCCAAGCCCUCUGCUUCGUCCCCCUCCGACCAGGCGACCCCGGCCAGCUCCAGCGCCAAUUUCACCGAAAUAGACGAGGCCAGCGCGUCCUCGGAGCCUGAGGAAGCGGCGAGCCAGCUAAGCAGCCCGAGCCUAGCUCGGGCACAGCCAGAGCCCAUGGCCACCUCCACAGCCGCGCCCGAGGGGCAGACUCCGCAGAUAUUCCCCUGGAUGAGGAAGCUUCACAUCAGCCAUGAUAUGACCGGGCCUGACGGGAAAAGGGCCCGGACCGCGUACACCCGCUACCAGACCCUAGAGCUGGAGAAGGAGUUCCACUUCAACCGCUACCUGACGCGGCGGCGGCGCAUCGAGAUCGCCCACGCGCUCUGCCUGUCCGAGCGCCAGAUCAAGAUCUGGUUCCAGAACCGGCGCAUGAAGUGGAAGAAAGACAACAAACUGAAAAGUAUGAGCCUGGCUACAGCCGGCAGCGCCUUCCAGCCCUGAGCCCUCCUGGAGGAGCACUGGGUGGCCCAAGAGCCCUUGCUGCCCCCAGCCCUGGCCCCUCCAAGCCUUCCCUGCGCUGCCACUGCCCGCUGGGGACCGGUUCCCACGAGCCUGCCUCGCCCCGGCCUUGUGUUACGAUUUUUCGUUUGGUCUUAGGUCUUCCUGUGGCUCCCCUCUCUCCUGGACUGGUUAAUCUUGUUAUUAUUGUUAAUAAUAAUGAUAAUUAUUUUCCCUCCCUGCUCCCCACGCCCUCCACUCACCCCAGAUCCACCAGUGUUUCUGAAUGUUCGUGUCUGUGGUUGCACUCCUUCCCCCAGGAAAGAAAGAAACUCGCAUGUUUAAUGUGAACUUUCCCCUCCCUAUCUGUGUUCUUCUAACUUAUUUAUAAAAGGAUGGUCGCUGUAUUUUGAGUUUCAGCUUGAAACUUCUCUAAGGGGCAGCUGUUGAGGUGGGGUCGUGCCACAGCGCCGGGCCCAGCUGAGCUGGCCUCGGAGAUGGAGUCCAUGACUGUCUCUUUCCACCCUCCUCCUCCCUCCCCUACCCCCCAGGCCCAAGUCUCCCAGUGGCUUGGUCUGAGGGUGGGAAGGGGGCCCGGGAGGACCAAAGGGGUGAUAUGGAGAAGAGGGAAGGUAAACCGUGAGAGUUAAGUUCCUGCCGCCUGGGUAGGCCCUGCAAGGCCUGGCCUGGGAGUGUACGGAAACAAAAAUAAUCCUCAGUGUAAAAUGUCUUGUGUAUUUCUCUGUGAAUCCAUGGGUCUGGAGUAGAGGGCCCAAAGCUUGUAAAUAUGGGGAUGGUCUGGGUCAGACCCAUCCCCUCCCCCCCAUUUCGCUUCCAAGACCAUUUGUAGUGAGCGAGUGGAUGCUGUGCUACGUGUGAAAUCUGUCUUUGCCUUUGCCGGGCCUGUCUCAGUGAUUCGCUUUUGGUAUUUGUAGCUUUCCUUGAAGUCAAAUAAAUGUUUCC